UAAUAUUUAUGUGGAUAGUGAGAGUACUAUUCAAAUUCAAAUAUAUAUAUUCUGCUGUAUGGCAGCUAUUCACAAGAGACUACAAUCUGCAUUCAAUACAAUCGUUUAUAACUAAGCUUAUCUGACUUCAACAUGGGAGCUGCGGCCUCAACUCCCAGCAAUAUGGCCUCUCAGGGAUGUCCUGUCCCACCUGAAGAGCGACAAGCUAUGGAAGAUAAGAUGGACAAGGAAAAAAUAGCUAGUUCUCUAGCUGGAAAGUGCCCUGUGCCUCACGAAGAGCGCGGUACUUCGAUGACCGAAGAUCCGGCCCAGAGGGUAAACCCAUUCCAAAUGUCUGCAAAGGGGAUGAAGCCAGGAGAUGCUCUCGUUGACUCAGAGCGUAACCCAGAGACGCCUCUCCUAAGUUCCGAAACAUUCGUAUCCUCUAUUCCCAAAGCGGGCACAAGUGAACAUUGGGUGUAUCCGUCAGAUCAACGAUGGUAUAAUGCUGUCAAGCGCAAAGAAGAGGAUCCCAAGUGGGGAUUCGAUCCUUCUAAAGAGGAUCCUGUAGAAGAGGAGGGUAUCCCUUGGGCCGUGUAUAUGCACAACGCACUGAACGAACGUGCCUGGAGUGAAAUUAUGGAGUACGAGAAGCUCCACGGCGGGGAGGAGGUAGAUUCCAAGCUGGAAAGUUUCCGAGGACGUGCGCGAGACUACACGCCAAAGGCCCGCAUGCUGAAUCUAUUCGGAUACGCACCCCUUCCAUUCGAUCGGCACGAUUGGGUUGUGGACCGCAACGGCGCCAAGCGAAGAUAUAUCAUAGACUAUUAUAUGGACGAAACCGAGCAAAAUGAACCUGUAGUUAUGCUAGAUGUGCGACCUGAAGUGUCGUUCGAGGGAGUCGUUGAUAGAUUACGUAUGUACUGGAAGACUCGACAGCAAGAAGCAGUGCUCAAUCUAUAAAUCUUUCUCGUAUUUCAAUUAAUACUAACGGAGUUUUAACUUAUUGAACUCGAUAGCGAGGCAAUAAGAGUCCCUGCACUGAUAACAUUAGUCAAAAUUAUGUGUAAACUUGAGAUCGCUAAUAUGUGUUCGACCCCGCAGCAAAGAUGUCGUUGGGGCAACCUGAAAGUCCACUCAGUACGCACUAAUGUGCAACAUUUUUUAUGCUCGUUGCCUGUGUUUAUCUUGCAUUAAUAUAGAGAAAUGAUACGGCUCACUGGCUGUCGUAGAAUUUAAUGAGGUUUUGAUAUUUCGCGUACAAUGAGUAAUUUGCCGCAUCGAAUGAUUUGGUCUAGUACCAGUGAUCUGUACGGGUUUUUCUCGCGAGUAUUUGUUCUUCAGCACAUCGUGCCAUCUACCGAGUAACUGACACAGUCAGAGGGUGGCGUGUGAGCUUAUUCGAGCUAGAGAGCUCGUAUCAAAACCCGUCGCCGAUUUUGGAAUGUACGUUUGGAAGCAAAAUGAAAUUUUAGGCGUCGAUCAAUCGUGGCAGGUCUACUAUUGGUAUAUGCAGAGGUAUACGAUUGGUAUAUGCAGUUCCAUGGCGACAAUCAAUAAAAUCGGAAAAUUUCCUUCAACUAUUUCGAUCACUGACCACAAGGUUUCUGUCAGAGUCUUAACCUGAUAUGCCCUUCCUUAUCUUGGGUUCAUCGACGUUUGCGGUUCAAUGAACUUAUCAGUAAGCCCAAGAUUCCAGAACGGCUGAAUACCAAAGUGGGGAUAGAAGUAUCCUUGCACUUCAUACAGUGAUUUCAUGUUUUUGUAGUUCACCGCAGGUUUGUUAUCUUUAAGCGCGACCU